AUGGAUAAAUUUAUUAUUUUAUUUUUAUUUUUAUUUUUAAAUAUUUCAAAUGUAUUUACAGAAAAUGUAAUACCUGAAUCAAUAAAGUUGGCUUUUACAAAAUCAAAAGAUCAAAUGAGAGUAACAUGGUAUACAAUUAAUGAAACCAAAGCUCCAACCGUUUUAUUUAGUACAGAGAUGUUUGAACCAAUUCAAGAUUCAUCAUUCACAUCAAUUGGUGAAAUCAUUUCUUAUGAUACGAUUGGAUUUGAUGGUAAAAUUAAUACAGCUGUAAUGUCAUCAUUAUCACCAUCAACAAUGUAUUUCUAUUGUGUUGGUGAUAAGAGUUUGAAUAUUUGGAGUUCAAUAUUUAAUUUUACAACCAAUCAAUUCGAUGCACCAUUUGGUAAAGUUAUUCCAUUCACAACAUCAUUCUUUGGUGAUAUGGGUUGGAUUGAAGGUGAUAGUUUAAAUUCAGAUGUUUACACUGUUGAUAAUUUAAUAUCACGUAUAAAUGAAAUUCAAAUUUUACAUCAUGUUGGUGAUAUUGCUUAUGCUGAUAAACAAAAACCAUAUAAUUUACCAGGUAAUCAAACAAUUUGGAAUAAAUUUCAAAAUUCAAUUUCACCAUUAUCUUCUCAUUUACCCUAUUUAACAUGUCCAGGUAAUCAUGAUAGAUUUAUAGAUUUAUCAGUUUAUACAAAAACAUGGCAAAUGCCAGUAGAUUUUGAAAGUGAUUCAUGGUAUUCUUAUGAUUAUAAUGGUAUUCAUUUUGUUGGAUUUUCGAGUGAACAUGACUAUUUCCCAUUAUCAAGUCAACAUACUUGGAUUGAAAAUGAUUUAAAACAAUAUCGUAAAUCAAAUCCAAAUGGAUGGAUUGUAAUGUAUUCUCAUCGUCCAUUUUAUUGUUCAGUAGUUUGGGAUUGGUGUUCAAAUAUAGAUGUUGUUGAAAGUAAAAAAAUAUAUUUAUGGUCAUUAGAAGAUUUAUUAUAUAAAUAUAAUGUAGAUUUAUUUAUUUCUGGUCAUGCUCAUUCUUAUGAACGUACUUUACCAGUUUUUAAAAAUAAAAUUAUGGGUGACGUUGAAUCACCAAAAGCAACAGUUCACAUUGUAGUUGGUACUGGUGGCGAUGUUGAAGGUGAAGAUAUGAUUUGGCAACCAUCUCAACAAUGGACAACUGGUCUUAGAACUUCGAUCAAUGGAUUUGGUUUAUUAAAUGUAAUUAAUUCAACAACCUUAAAUUGGCAAUUUGUUGCAAACAUCAAUAAUACCAUAAUUGAUGAAUUUAAUUUAACAAAGGGUCAAUUCGAUUUUUAA